CAAAUCAAAUCAAACGUCAAUUACACGUGGUUUUACGUUGUUUAGCAAAUUAGCACAAUUUUUGUUGUAUUAUCAUUUACCCGUGUUAAGUAAAACACAAUCAAUAUGAAGAUUAAAAAGCAGCAUCGUAAAAAGAAGUACCUUCACAAACUAAAUCGCAAAAGAAUGCAUCUUAAACAACGUAGUACUGGUCAAGUAAAUUGUCAAACUCUUAAGGAAGCAUGGGACAUGAAAAAGUCGACACUUCGUAAUCUUAAAGAGAUGGGACUUGCAAAUGAUCCUAAUAAAGCUAUCAAAAUUCCAAAUUACAAGCAAGAACAGUUGAAACGGGCUAAAAAGAUUGUCAACCAAGAAGAAUCAUCGGAGUCUGAAGAAGACGUUGAAGUUAAAAUAAUUCCUAAAAAAGAAGUUGUGGAAAGGUUAGAAAAAGAGGCCCGAGCACCAAGGGAACGAAGAUUCAUGUUACCUAAAGGCCAAGUGGAAUACCUAACAUAUUUAUUAGACAAAUAUGGCCAUGAUUAUAAAGCCAUGGCCAGAGACAAGAAAAACUUUUACCAAGAAACCUGGAAGCAGAUUCGGGCUAAAAUAAAAACAUUUAUGGGGAUUCCAAAACAAUAUGGAGAGUAUUUGAAAAGUAGAGGGUUGUUGGACAAAGAGGUUGAUGAGAAGGAAUUGCAAGAACAGGCAAAGGCAUUGGUUAUGGAUGAUUAGUGAAUAUAUUACAUUUGAUUAUAUUAACAUCUUCAGUGUGGCAAUCAACUUGUACAGGGGUACAAUAUGACACACUAACUGUGUUAAACUACUGACUAUUAUUAUUAUAUUAUUUGAUACACUAGCAGCUGAUAGCUGAUGCGUGUAUAUCACUGCACUUGUUGUUCUAUAGUUAAUGUUUAUAUUUUAGUUUUAAAUGUUUAUCAUGUCUGUUUUUGAAACUGUUCACUGAGGGAGCACUUAUCACUGUUUCUGGUAGUUUAUUCCACUCGCGUACGACACGGUUUGAUAGGAAGUUACAGUCUAAAAACUUAUUAUGCACCUGCAGUGCUACCCAGCACCAAAAACUUGCAUUGAACAAAGUCUUACGGCCCAGCCACGACAUUGGUCUAAGCGCGACAGCGGUGAGCGGCAGCCAUACGUGCGAAUGAAAACUCCCAUCGCUGUGUCUCACUCCAAUAUAUGGCUGCCGCUCACCGCUGUCGCGCUAAGACCAAUGUCGUGGCCGAGCCAUUAGUGAUCAUAAUGAAUUUGUAAAUUCUUGAAAUUAUAAAAAUAGUGUCAUUGCAAGUUUGUUUUACAUUUUGUGAAUCUUAAUGUUAAUAAUUGAAACCAAGUACUGCAUCAUUAUUCAUUUAAUUAAAUGAAAUGUUUAAAACGUAAUUUUAAAUAUUAAGACUAGAUUUAAAUGUAAGUUACGUAAAUAAAGUUAUUACAUAGAAAGAA